AUGCAGAGCAAGAACUUACAAUCUAUGAACGAUCUAACAACGACCGUUUCUAAUAGUAAAACUAAACAUUUAGAACCUGUGUUUCUCAAUGUUUACGAUUUACUUUCCGAAUAUCGAACAGCUAAUUGUUUGUUCAAAUACUCUACUUGCCAUUUUCUUGGUGCUUAUCAUACAAGUGUACAAUUAUAUAAUGUUGAAUAUUAUUUUGGUGAUGGCAUUUGUAAAUCUCAACCUUACUCUCAUCAGGGUCGAUUAAUUUUAUCGAAAAAGCUCGGCAUGACUGAAUUAACCCAAGAUGAAAUUGAAACAAAAAUUUUAUUUAAUAUUUAUGAUAAAUUCACUCGAAAUGAUUGUAAGAAAACAAUUUAUUUUCAUAAAAGCAAAGAGCAUGCAUUUCCUUGUCUAGAUGAUUUAAUUCGACGUAAUUGUAAUCAUUUUACUGAUAUUUUCCUUGACCGUCUUCUUGGCGUUCACUUACCAAUGCAAUUCAAUCGUACAGAACGAUGUAUUAUGGCUACGCCAUGUUGUAUUCGCACAUUAAAUGGCAUGCUAGGAAAUGAUUGGACUCGACCUGCACUUGGAAUUCGGCCAAAUAUAAAACUAACGAAAUGCUGUCAUCGGGCAGUUAAAAAAUAG